AUCCCAUCGGGGCCCUUGGCCUGGGGACCCCCGCCCCGGCUUUGUGUGGUGGCCUCGUCACCGGCGCUGCCCCCGGCACGUCACAAAUCCGGCCGGCCCGUCGCCCCCGCCUGCGAGAGUGAGCCUCCCCGGGAGCUGGCCUUGCUGGGACGCGCUGCCCUGCGCGCCACCUCCGCCCCCCUCCGGGUUCCCGAGGAUGCUCCCGCUGGAGACGCGGGCAGAGCGCAACAGGCGGUUCGGAGUUCGUCGACUCUCUGGGUGUCUACACUCUGAGAGACUUUUCAUUUUCUUUUUUAACAGCGGAGUUCCUCUUUCCAACCUGAUUACCCCGCACGACCUGGCUGGCCUGUCCUCUGCGGAUUCCCGUUACCCUGGAGUUCUUAAAGGCGUUAAGCUGUUUUCCAGCUUGGUUGCAGGACUCUGGGAAACUAACUGAAGAAUUGCUUCUUUUUCCUUUGAUUCGUGCACCAAGAUUUGUAGACACCAAAGAAAGUACGACACAGAUCUACAACUGUAAAACACAUGAUCUCUGUAGCCCUUGAAGAUAGAAUAUUGAGUUUGAUCCUAGCCCUGGGGUCCUAAAUGAAUCUAUAUUCCUGUCCACUGGGUUUUUCAACUGAGAGGAUAGGAGUGUCACGAAGACUGGAACAAGGUAUGAGACUCCUUUCUCUUUAUGGCUUUGGUUAUUAAUUUUAUCCCUUCUUUUCUCACCUUGUUUUAGAGGCUAUUAUGCAAGUUUGGGUAGAGAUUAACCUUGAUGGGUUUAGCUCCAGUAGAAUAUCAUAAUUUUGACUGAUAAAAGAGCUUGAAUCUGCUUGAUUUACACACAGAAGUACUGAUAAAUCAUUAACUGAAUGAGCCAGGAUCUUAUUACAAAUAGGGCCGUCCUCUGGGACCAGACCAGAAGGAAGAAACCAUCAGGGAAAAUAUUUAAUAUGGCAGUUCCAUUCACACAGUAAAUCCCUUGCUAUUAAGUUAAUGAGUAUGGUGUUCCUUGGUUAAAGGUUUGAGGCUGAUGGUUAUGGGGGUGCGGGGGCCUGGGGAAGGUAUGGUGAGGAUAAAUGUGUGACUGGAGUAGUUUGAAGACUGCAAGGAAAAGGUUGUGUAGUAGUGGUCAGGCUUAAGAUUGGUAUUUUUGUGUCCAUAUCAGUAAAACAUCUGUAAGGUUGUCCUUUAAUUUUCAGAGAAAUGUUUCCUUGUGAGUUUAAGAGUAGAGAAAAUGAACACCUUCAUUGAUGUCUCCAUUCUUCAUUUCUUAGUUUUAGAACUCUUUCAAAAUAUUCAGCAGGGUUUUGGAGGUCUGGCCACGGGGCUCUUUCCCAUUCUAGUUUUUGCUUGCAUGUUAACGCUCCUCUAUUUCUGGUUCAAGUGCAUUCACAAAAGGAUAAGAGCAACCAGGAUCACGUCUGCUCCAGGAUCAACUCCUGCGCGCUGUCUAUAGGCCCUGCAGAGUCUCUGGCAAUGGCUUUCAGCUGAGAAUGAAAUCAGAGUUUAGAAUCCACCAUAAGAGGUUUUCUCUGUUCCACUGGAGGUUUACUUUAAAGAGGUACUGGUGACCAUGAGAUCUCUGCGGCUGCUCAGAACCCCCUUCCUGUGCGGCCUGCUCUGGGCCUUUUGUGCUCCAGGUUCCAGGGCUGAGGAACCUGGGGCCAGCUUCUCCCAUCCUGGCAGCAUGGGCCUGGAUAAGCAUACAGUGCACAACCAAGAGCAUAUCAUGGAGCAUCUAGAAGGUGUCAUCAACAAACCAGAAGCAGAGAUGUCCCCGCAAGAACUGCAGCUCCAUUAUUUCAAAAUGCAUGAUUAUGACGGCAAUAAUUUGCUUGAUGGCCUAGAACUCUCCACAGCCAUCACUCACGUCCAUAAGGAGGAAGGGAAUGAACAGGCCCCACCAAUGAGUGAAGCUGAACUGAUUAACUUAAUAGAUGGUGUUCUGAGAGACGAUGACAAGAACAAUGAUGGAUAUAUUGACUAUGCUGAAUUUGCAAAAUCACUGCAGUAGGCACUGUUUGGCCAUCUAGUUACAUGCAAAUGUGACCCGUUACAAUGUGAUCGAACACUUUUGGUAAUGCAAAAUAACUCAUUUCCAACUAUUGCUACAGUCUUUUGGUAAAAACCUGUAGCAGUUUAUUACACUGGGGUGAGAAAGAGGGAUCAAGGGCAAUAUAAGAGAAAUGGACAUAUGCAGCAGUCCCGUACUGUUCAGUCUCUUACUGGACAAGGGCUUGAUUAAAGAAUUCUCUUAAAAAUAUUGGCUAAUUGGAGCGUAGUACUCAGGAACUUAACUGUAGAAUACUGCUAGUCUCUUGGUUUUCAUUCAGGCUACCUGAAAAGUAAGACAAGCUUUGCCAAGUGGACACACUUUUCAGUAACAGUGAAGGAAUAGCAUAAAUGCCAAAUGUUUCCCCUGGUGGAACCUGUCUCUUCAGGUAAACGUCGUCAGUAUUCUGCAAAGUGUCCCCGUCCCCCAUCCACAUCCAUCUGUCCAUCACCGUCAAUCCCCCCCCCCCCAUGAUGACGUGCCCCUGGGCAAGGAGUAUUAGGCUAUUUUAAAGCCACUGUAUAAGAAGGAUACCAGAUCCUGAGUUCAGCGAGCCUUAGCAUCUAAAUUCUGUAUCUUCUGGCACUUUGGAAGAUACACCAUUGACCUACAUGAUUAACAUUUUUUAGUUUUUCAAUAUUUUGUAGAACUACUGCCACAUCCUUUCUUUUAUGUCUUCUUCAGCUUAGGAGAGACCUUGAAGUUAAACGUGUUUUUUAUUCUAAUCAUUAGCAAAUGUUUUAGCUUUCUUAAUAUUUGUAUUUAACCCUUGUUUUGAGGGUUUGUUUUUGAAGUUUAGAAACUAUAUGGAAUACAAGGACUGUAUCCCUCCUGCUUGGUGCAGCGGGGGAUAAAGCUACUAUCUGGUCUUGCCUAAGUGAGGAGUGAGAUCACCAAGCACCAAUUGCUACAAGCUCUAUUUAGAAGGAAUGGCGUUUAAAUUACCUCUUCUAGCUUAAAUAUGUGAAUUCUUUCAGAUCAGGAAAGAUUAGAAAAAGAAGCCUAAAAACUCUUAACAGUGCGAAUCUCAAUAAUGGUUGAAAAUGAGAAGCAGCAGCAAAUUGUAAUUUGGUUUAUUGGAUGUGAUAGUGUGCCGGGAUGGAAAACCCAAAAUGAUGGUUGGAUGGGGGGAAAAAACUGCAUAGGAUUUGCUGAAAGACACAUAGAGACUUAUUUUCUUUAUUAAAGUAUUCUUAUAAGAAAACAUAUGUAUUUGUAAAAAUGGUUUCCUGUGUCAAGUAUUUGUGCAAUCAGAGCUGAAUUGUAAACUAUUCUUGUAAUACCUAGUUAUUUUGAAAGAUUUAUAUAAUGAAUCCUGGAUAUAUGACCAAUAAAACUGA